UCUCUAAAAUCCCACAAAAUCUAUUGUCCCAAACCCCAUUGCACCAUCUUCUUCCUCUGUCUGUCCGUCCGUCCGUCCGUCUGUCCGUCUGUCUGUCUGUCUCUCUCUCUCUCUCUCUCUCUGUAACAUAUAUAUCCAUAUACAUAUACAUAUACAUAUAUAUACAUACAUACAUACAUACAUACAUACAUAAACGAUUCAAUUUAUAUUACAAUCAAGCAAUGCAGGCCAAAACCCUAACCCUAGCUCCACCACCAGGCCUUAAUCUUUUCCCAACCCUCAAACCCCCUCAUAGAACCCUAACUUUCUACCGAUUCUCAGUUCUCCUCAUCACCUUCAUCGCCUACGCCUCCUUCCACGCCUCUCGCAAGCCUCCGAGCAUCGUCAAGAGCGUGCUCGGCCCUGAAAUUCGACCCCAAAACACCACCUCUCUGCAAUUCGACGACAACCCUUUUGAAAUCGACACCGGUUGGGCUCCAUUCAAUGGAUCAGACGGUGCCCACCGCCUCGGCGAGCUCGAUCUCACAUUCCUCUUGGCCUACUCGGUGGGAAUGUACUUUUCGGGCCACAUUGGUGAUCGGAUUGAUCUCCGCCUGUUUUUGACAAUUGGGAUGAUGGGUAGUGGUGUUUUCACUGUAAUUUUUGGGUUAGGGUAUUGGUUGAAUGUUCAUGUCUUGGGGUUCUUUCUAUUGGUUCAGGUGCAGUGUGGGUUGUUUCAGUCAAUUGGGUGGCCUUGUGUUGUUGCUGUAGUUGGGAACUGGUUUGGAAAGUCCAAAAGAGGGUUGAUAAUGGGUGUAUGGAAUUCACAUACUUCAGUGGGUAAUAUUAUCGGUUCGGUGCUGGCGUCGUCGAUGUUGGGUUCCGGGUGGGGUUGGUCCUUUGUGUUGCCUGGGGUUUUUAUAUUGAUGGCAGGGAUUGUGGUUUAUUUGUUUCUAGUUGUAAGUCCUGAAAAUGUCGGACUAGAAUUGUCAGGGAUGGAGGUUGAAAUGAAUGUGGAGGGUGUGCCUUUGGUAGAUUCAGAGAAAGUUGAUUCUGGAGAAGAAGCGUUGCUUCAAUCUGAGAACUCAGAUUCUUUGGCUGCAAUUGGGUUUUUAGAGGCGUGGAGAUUGCCAAGUGUCGCACCAUUCGCAUUCUGCCUCUUCUUCUCUAAGCUUGUGGCUUACACUUUCUUAUAUUGGCUGCCCUUCUACAUAAGGCACACAGCUAUUGCAGGUGUGCAUUUGUCAGACAAAACUGCUGGGAUCCUUUCCACAAUAUUUGAUGUUGGAGGAGUAAUUGGCGGUGUUCUGGCAGGGUACAUUUCUGAUAUGAUUGAAGCUCGUGCCGUUACUUCAGUUUUAUUCCUGUUGCUGUCUAUACCUGCUCUUGUCUUUUACCGCAUUUAUGGAAGUAUAUCUAUGCUUACCAAUGUUGUGCUGAUGUUACUUUCUGGGUUGCUUGUAAAUGGACCAUAUUCACUCAUUACAACUGCAGUUGCAGCUGAUCUCGGUACACAGAGCUUGAUUAAGGGGAACUCUCGUGCAUUAGCUACUGUGACUGCAAUUAUAGAUGGUACUGGUUCUGUUGGGGCUGCUCUUGGCCCACUUUUGGCGGGUUAUAUUUCAACUAGAGGAUGGAACAGUGUGUUUUUUAUGCUUAUUGUUUCUAUCUCUAUAGCAGCUUUGCUCUUGAUUCAUGUUGUCAAAACUGAGAUUAAAGGGAAGUUGAGUGAAGGAAAAUGGCUUGGGUGGAGCGUAACAGCACGAUGAUGGAGAAAUUUCUCAGGGCAUCAUAUGUUUAUGUUUUAUUUGUAUUGAAAAAGCCAUUAGGGGUGGACAGAUACAGACAUGGACUCAGCGCUGGUCCCAUUUUUCAUUUAUUUUAUCUUUGUAUUUUAUUAGGAAAAUGGUUUUCAUACAGCAGAAACAGCUUUGAUGGAGGAGUUUCUUUAGCUGUCAUUCAUGUAUGUCUUUUGUAUCUUAUUAGGUAGUUGACUUUCAUACGCUGUACAUUAAGGAUUUUGUCAAACCAUGAGUAUGACCUUGGUUGUAUCUGUUUCUUCAUAUACAGAUAAAAACUUGUUUGUUUCUGUGCAA